AUGUCUGCAUGCGAGUUUGAGUCGCUGGAGAAAUCCUUGGAGUCGCACCUGCCGGAGGCCGAGCUGGCGGAGGUGAAGCGAAUUUUAUUCGGGAGGGAAACUCUGAAGCUGGACCUUCCAGCCUGUGCUGUGGAGGCCGCCUCUGAGCGAGACUUCGAGCUGAAGGGAUACAAGUUUGAUGCCGUCCAGGAGCAACUGAGGCCUCCCAGAAGGGUCCGGGUGGGACUGGUCCAGCACCGGAUCGUUCUGCCGACCGACGCCCCAGUCCUGGACCAGAUCGCCGCCAUGCACAGCCGUGUGGGUGAGAUCGUGGAGGUGGCCGCCAUGAGCGGCGUGAACAUCGUCUGCUUUCAGGAGACCUGGACCAUGCCCUUUGCCUUCUGCACCCGCGAGAAAGAGCCCUGGACGGAGUUUGCAGAGUGCGCCGAAGAGGGAAGCACCACGCGAUUCUGCCAGGAGCUGGCCAAAAAGUACAACAUGGUGGUGGUUUCUCCCAUCCUGGAGAGGGAGGAGCUGCACAGCACUCUGUGGAACACGGCGGUGGUGAUCUCCAACUCGGGAAACGUGCUGGGAAAAAGCAGGAAGAACCACAUUCCCAGAGUGGGAGACUUUAACGAGUCCACCUAUUACAUGGAGGGGGACACGGGCCACACGGUGUUCCAGACCCAGUUUGGGAGGAUUGCAGUGAACAUCUGCUACGGCCGCCACCACCCCCUCAACUGGUUCAUGUACAGCAUGAAUGGAGCCGAGAUCGUCUUCAACCCGUCAGCCACCGUGGGGGCUCUGAGCGAGCCCAUGUGGCCGAUCGAGGCCAGAAAUGCCGCCAUCGCUAACCACUGCUUCACCUGCGCUAUCAACCGCGUGGGGACGGAACACUUCAAAAGCGAGUUCACUUCAGGCGACGGGAAAAAAGCUCACCACGACUUCGGGCAUUUCUAUGGGUCCAGCUAUGUGGCCGCACCGGACGGCAGCCGCACGCCGGGGCUCUCCAGGACCCGGGACGGGCUGCUGGUGGUCGAAAUGGAUCUGAACCUGAACAGACAAGUCAGUGACAAAUGGAGCUUUAAGAUGACUGGGCGGUAUGCAGAAUACGCAGAGAAGCUCACCGAGGCCGUCAGACAUGACUUCAAACCCAAAGUAGUGAAGGAGUAGAGCGUCUUCCUCACAUCUUCUGCAAAUAAAGCCUCAGUGUUCAUACCAUCCUUUGAGAUUUGCUGUCCCAACACAUCGAUCCAGAGCCCCAGUGAUGGUUGAUCUAAUGGCUUUUGGAGCUGCGCUCACAGCUGAUAAAUAAAACGCGCAAAGCUGUGACUAAAAGCACAAAUUCAGUGUUGAGCAACAGUUGCCCCAGAUUUCUGCAGGUUUUUCAUGUUAAGUCCCUGACCCACGAAUUCAGAAAAUUCUCACGAAUGUGUUUGAAAAAUUAUUUACAUAAAUGGGAAAAAAAUAUAUCAAAUGUGUGAUUCAUAGUUUUACUCUAAACUAAAAAAAAGAAAAAGAUUCUACUAAGUUUUUCUUUGAUAAGGUUAUGCAGAAGCUCCAGUCCACAGAAAACCAAAAAAAAAAAACAAAUUAAAAUUGGAUCUUUGGGCUGUUUGUUACCAAAAAAUAGCAUGAAUCCCAAAGAGCUGUUAUCUGAAAAUAAACUUACUAAAUAUAUUAAAGUAAAUAGAUUUAAAAACCCGAAUUCUGAUGGAAAAUAUUGUAACUUUGCAAAAAUAGGGCAAAGAUUUGGCUCCUGAGCAGACAACAAUUUUAAAGUGGUUUAAAGCAAUAGUUCUGCAGGAUUUCUGAAGUGUUUUCCUCUGAGAUUUGCUGCUUUUUCACUCAGUUUCUGUCAUUACUGAACCUGAUCCAAGUUUAAAUCAAAAUAUGAAUAAUUCAUGCAGAAAAAGGCUGCUAUCUGAAAACUUGGCAUAUCUCAGCAUUUAAGGAAACUGAACAAGUGGACAAAAGUAGAAGAGUUGGGCCUAAAAAACUAUCUCCAGCAGAUAAAGAGGAUCUGAAAGUGAUGUCCUUAAGAAAGAGCAACACAUCCAGCGAAGACCUGAACCAGGAGCUGAGAGAUGCAUCUGGACCUUCAGCUGGUCAUCUCCUGUUGGA